UGUACUCAAGCCCGUAUUCAUGUUAUGACACUUAACUGACCUACUAUAUUGAAGAGGCGAUUGAGUCUACAGCAAGGACAGUUAGUAAGAGCCACAAUAAAGGUAGAGCCAAAAACGGUAGGCCUAAUUGGAAAUACAAAUGGCAUCAGUGUCUGAACCGCCACCGUACGGGAAGUACAAGGAUAUCAAUGCAGACGACACACCAUCUAGGUUCAACAAGUGUAUGUCCGAUGAUCUAAACAUCCAAGAGCGUGUAGCACACUACGACGCAUGGGCAAAAACUUACGAUGAGGACAUGAAAUCAUACGGGUUUACAGGACCGGAAAUAGCCGUUGAGUAUUUAAAAAGAUACUUUAAAAAUACGAACGCAACUUUCCUUGACUGUGGUGCCGGCACGGGGCUUCUUGGUGUCUACACGAAGGAACUAGGAUACACAAAUUUCCAUGCUUUAGAUGCAUCCAGCGUAGCACUGGAAAAGGCAAAAUCGCGUGAAGCAUAUACAAAUUUCAUUCAAGAAUUUAUUACAACAGGAAAGCUUAGCAUAGAAUCAGGCGUAUACGAUGGUUUGGUGUGUUGUGGUUGUUUUGUUCCUGGUCACUUGGAACCAGAUUGCGUUGAAGACUGGUGUCGCAUCGUGAAACCAGGUGGUAUAGUUAUAAUUGUGAUGAAUCAGCGUUGGCUAUCAAAAGAACCAUCGUACAAUGAAGGAAAACUUGAGGGCGCUUUUCAGAAACGAGUUGACGAAGGAAAGUGGGAGCUAAUUGUUAGAGAACAGAGGGAUGGUUACUUUGUCAACGAUGUUGCAGAAGUGUUUGUUUUCAGAGUAAAAUAAAUGAAUGCUUUAUAUCAGUUCCUUUGAAUUAAAAAUACCGGGACUAAAGCUAAUUUUUAUAAAAUUGUAAACGGUUAAUAUAGUUUGAUUUUUACAAAAUUGUAAACGGUAUUAAUAUAGUUUUGCAAGAGAGGAAAAGCUGCCAACUUAGAUUUUCAGCUUGAAACACCCUUUUCACUAUGUUGAUGGGGUUCAUAAUGAUGGAAAAAACUUCUUUUACUCACUUGUGAACACGUAUCAGUAACUAUGGUUUAAAAUAUUUAUAAAAUUCAUUCAUAGUAUAAGUCAGUAUAUGAAACAACCUCGAAGAAAGUAGUGCAAGACAUUCGGGUAAUAUAUUAUAUUUCUAUAUUGCGGUAUCUAUUAAAAAACAUAAAACAAGAAAUUGUAUAAACUGAAUUAAUUGUUGAGUAUUAGUAAAUAAAAAAAUUAAAAUAGUAAGUAGAAAAGUAAAAUUCAUUCAUAGUAUAAGUCAGUAUAUGAAACAACCUCGAAGAAAGUAGUGCAAGACAUUCGGGUAAUAUAUUAUAUUUCUAUAUUGCGGUAUCUAUUCAAAAACAUAAAACAAGAAAUUGUAUAAACUGAAUUAAUUGUUGAGUAUUAGUAAAUAAAAAAAUUAAAAUAGUAAGUAGAAAAGUAAAAUUUAUGUAAACAUUUUUUGAAUAGUCAUCCCAGAAAAUAUAAAAUUAUGUUUAGUCAAAAAGUCAAAUUACAAAAAUAAAUAAAUACGAUUUCAGGUUGAUAUCAAAGGGUCGGGUACCGCCAGCCCACAGAAUCGCGCUAAGUGGAUAUGGGAUUUGUUUAAGUAGAGGGAAUUAUAAAACCGUUUAGUUUUACACCUGUACCGGUAUUCUUUAAAAAAUGGGAGUGUUACGAGUAAUCAUACUAUGAGAGUUAUUAUCUCAGAACCAUUUCUUCAAAUUGUCGUUAUGUGCACACUUGCAAGAUAAUUUUGGUGCAUAGCAGGUAUCUGCGGGCUGUCAAUACCGUACCUCCAAUCCAAGCUCAAUCAGGGCAGAAUCAUGUGAAUAAAAGCCAUCAAAAGCCAAGAA